AUGAACAUCGAAGGAGGAGUACUCUCUUGCCUGAAAUCCCUCUUCAGUCCGUUGAGCUGGGGAGGUGGCAUUGACAGAGAAGGAGUACGGCUAACCGAUCGGUUGUUUGCAGACGACGUCAUAAUCUUUGCCAAUGACCUGGUGGAACUGCGAGCAAAACCUGUGGAGAUGCAAAACGAGUUGCGCGCCAUCGGUCUGGAGAUGAGCAUCUCUAAGACGAAAUGGAUAAGCAUAAAUACUGCCCCUCAGGUACCAUCCUCAUUGACAGGAAAAAAGUGGGAAAAAAAGAUUCGCUAG